CCCGGCCGGCUCCGCCGAGGCGCCGCGCUCCCCCCAGCGGCCAGGCAGUGGUGGGAGGCCUCCGGGCUCGCUCGGGGGCUAAUCCGGGGCCCGGGUGCGGAGGGGAAGUCCCCCUGCGGUGGGCGGCAGUCAGGAAGGAGGAUUCCACACAUUCCUCGGCGCGGAGGAGGCUGCAGUCUGCCGGGCGCCCUAAUGCGCCUGAAACGUUACAGGACGCCCGCGGCCUUAUAUGGGCAGCCGGGGCCUGGCCGGCGCCGCGAGGCUGGAAACCACCGGGCCCUCCGCUGUCCUCCCUGGUCCUCCCAGUCCCGCUCACGCCUCCCUCUCUCGUCAACUUCUGCGACCCUGGACGAGUCCCUGCUUCUCUGGGCUUCAGUAGCCCUACGGGUGAAGCGGGAUUAGUAACUGUACCUAUUUCGUAAAGUUGCGGUGAGGAUGGAGUUAAUUCGUGUAAAGGGCUUGGUGAGUGCCUGGCGAGUGGAAAGUGUUCCAUAAGUGUUGCCUUCUACUAGCUUUCUGUACGGAGGGUACUGCGGUCCACUGUCCCCCGCCCAGGUAGAAUUUGGGAGGAUCAAAGGUGUGUUUUCUCAGAGAGAACUGAGACCCUGAUCUCUAGACCUGCCACUUACCGUGUGAGCUUGACUUCUCUGAGCCCGCUUUUCUCCUUUGUCGGAUGGUGACCGGCACCUGCCCCACCGGCUUACAGGAUGGGUGCGGAGGAGCCUAACGCUCGGGAGUAACGCGCUGGGCCAACUAAGGAGCAGAGCCCCCGGUUGGCAAGCAGGAUGGUGGCGCCCUUGCAGAACACUCAGGAAUGACCAGGAACGCUUCCUAUCUGUGCCAGGGCACGCGUGGUCCACGCCGAGCGGCCGAGACGCCUCGGCUGCGCCUUCAGGAUGACGGAGUGGGAGACAGCUGCACCUGCAGUAGCAGAGACCCCCGACAUCAAGCUCUUCGGGAAGUGGAGCACCGAUGAUGUGCAGAUCCAUGGCAUUUCCCUGCAGGAUUACAUCGCAGUGAAGGAGAAGUAUGCCAAAUACCUGCCCCACGGUGCAGGGCGCUACACGGCCACGUGCUUCCACAAGGCGCAGUGCCUCACCAACUCCAUGAUGAUGCACGGCCGCAACAAUGGCAAGAAGCUCAUGACUGUGCGCAUCGUCAAGCACGCCUUUGAGAUCAUCCAUCUGCUCACAGGCCAGAACCCCCUGCAGGUCCUGGUGAACGCCAUCAUCAACAGUGGCCCCCGGGAGGACUCGACCCGCACGGGGCGAGCUGGAACUGUGAGGCGGCAGGCCGUGGACGUGUCCCCGCUGCGCCGUGUGAAUCAGGCCAUCUGGCUGCUGUGCGCAGGUGCCCGUGAGGCCACCUUCCGGAACAUCAAGACCAUUGCCGAGUGCCUGGCAGACGAGCUCAUCAGUGCCGCCAAGGGCUCCUCCAACUCCUACACUAUCAAGAAGGAUGAGCUGGAACGUGUGGCCUAGUUCAACCACUGAUUGCCUGACCACAGCUGCAAUAAACCUGUCUUCCCUUUGGGGUGCCCCCCCCAAAAAAAAAGAAUGACCAGGAACCACCAGACAUUCCAUCCUCUGUGGAUACCCUCUCAGGGAGUGAUUUGGGAAAUAAAGGAAAUGUGAACAACA